CAGCAUGGCAAACGGAAUGGUCAGAUACGUAGCGUUCGACUUCCAUAAAGAGUGCAGUCGGAUGAGGUGGGAUCGACUCCAGAUUUUGCUGGAUCAACUAGCAGAGCAGCAAGAUGAGUUUAGUUACUUUCUAGUUGAUUCCGAUGGCAAAAUUGUGACUGCAGGAAGGAACAUUCCGCAGUAACUGCAUGGACUGCCUUGAUCGGACUAAUGUGAUCCAGAGCCUGUUAGCACGGAGGUCUCUUCAAGCCCAGCUUCAGAGGCUAGGUGUUCUGCAUGUUGGACAGAGAAUUGAAGAGCAAGCAGACUUUGAGAAAAUCUACAAAAAUGCAUGGGCUGAUAAUGCUAAUGCUUGUGCCAAGCAAUAUGCUGGAACUGGUGCCUUAAAGACAGAUUACACAAGAACUGGGAAGAGAACUCAGUGGGGCUUAAUAAUGGAUGGCUGGAACUCAUUAAUACGUUACUACAAAAACAACUUUUCUGAUGGAUUUAGACAAGACGCAAUCGAUCUUUUUCUUGGAAAUUAUUCAGUGGAUGAAGUAGAACCUGCCAGUCCUCUACAUGUCAAGAAAGAUUGGAAGUUCUUAGCUUUGCCUAUUAUUAUGGUGGUUGCUUUCUCCAUGUGCAUUAUUUGUUUGCUAAUGGCUGGUGAUACAUGGACUGAGACACUGGCCUAUGUGCUUUUCUGGGGAAGUGCAAGCUUUGGAACUUUUGCUAUCAUCCUUUACAACGGCAAGGAUUUUGUAGAUGCACCCAAGCUGGUCCAGAAGGAGAAGAUGGACUGAAUUUGUGUGUGUGGAAAGCGGCUUGGUACUGAGGAUUCCUCAAGCCACACCUGGAGUCUCUACUG